AUGGCAAGAUGUUUCAGCUUUACAGCAUACCGGGAUUGGUUCUACCGCUACUCAUUCGCCAAGGCCGGUCUUCGUGCCCUCUCGUCUAAUCUUGGAGAUGGAACCAUUAUGCAUUGUUGGGUACCAAGAAUCAGGAAACCAUCAAAACCCAAUCUUCUGCUUCUCCAUGGCUUUGGAGCCAAUGCAAUGUGGCAAUAUGGUCAGCAUCUCCAUAUCUUCACCUCACGUUUCAAUGUCUACGUUCCGGACCUUCUCUUCUUUGGUGAGUCCUACACAUCUAGGCCUGAAAGAACCGAUUCUUUCCAGGCUCAAUGCGUCAUGAGGCUAAUGGAGGCACAUGGGGUGCACAGAAUGAAUCUUGUUGGGAUCAGCUAUGGAGGAUUUGUGGGGUAUAGUAUGGCAGCCCAGUUUCAAGAGAAAAUAGAAAGAAUUGUGCUGUGUUGUGCCGGGGUUUGCUUGGAAGAGAAGGAUAUGGACACCGGUUUGUUUGUUGUUCCAAAUCUGGAUGAAGCAGCCAGCAUUUUGUUGCCACAGACGGCAGAGAAAUUGAGAGAGUUGAUGCGGUUUUCGUUCGUCAAACCUGCCGUGGGUGUGCCCUCUUUCUUCCUAACAGAUUUCAUUGAUGUUAUGUGUACAGAUUAUGUUAAGGAGAAGAAGGAAUUGAUCCAGGCCAUACUUCAUUGUCGAAAUCUUUCUGUUCUACCAAAAAUCACACAGCCAACAUUGAUAAUAUGGGGAGAGAAAGAUCAAAUUUUCCCAUUGGAACUGGGGCACAGAUUGCAUAGGCAUGUGGGAGAAACUUCUCGGUUAGUGAUCAUUAAGAAUGCAGGACAUGCAGUUAACUUAGAAAAGGCCAAGGAGUUUGCUAAACACUUAAAAUCAUUCCUUAUUGAUUCAGCUUCAUCCCCAUCUCCAGGAUCUUUGACAGAUGCCAUCAGUGACAAGAACAAAGGACGAACAUUUCAUUAA